AUACCAUCUCGACCAUCUCACACCGUGACCGGUAAAAGUGGUGUUGUGCAAUCAACAUACGACAAUAGUGUUUCCCCAUACGAUUGUUCCGAGGCAGGCUUCGGAACGAUUUCUAUAAAGUAUUCAUACGGACGCGGAAUAGGGCAGUGACGUCUGUGAUCUUGUCAAGAUGGGUCUGCAGAUAACUGCACUAAUACUAGUGAUCGUGUGUUCGGGGUGCGCCAUGGGAAAUUACGAUGGGUUCCUGCCAAGCUCGUACCAGCAUACGGAAGACCAGCUCGCGCAGCCUUCAGCCAGGGCUGAAAAGAGCAGAGACGAGAGAGACAGCCAGCCUGACCGGACCCAGAGGUUUGGCAUUACGGACUACGGGAACACGGGUCCAUAUGGCAGCACUGCUCCCGGUCUCUAUGGUCCAGUGAAAAUAGACCUCGGCGGAGUGUUGUUGGGUUCUAUUCUGGGCUUCGGCGCUGUCAUCAUCCUGCCUAAGAUCAUUCACGCCCUCUCUUACGGCUACGGGGGAUAUGGUCGUAGCGUAGAAACAGAUUUCAGUUCAGUAUCGGACAUGGUAAAUCGAUUCGACGAGGUGCUGACUCGAUACAACGUCGAUUCGUCGUCAUGCAUGCAACGACUCGCAUGCUCUUACGUGCAACUAGCCAAUGAAAACAUGCUGACUGGCAAUGCGACAGAUUUCGAUGCGUUGCUGACUAACAUAUCCAGUAACUCCUUAGUCCGACGGAUGCUGGAUGGCACAUCGAUAUAUGAAGCGAUGUCGACUGGUCGCUCUUUAGACGCAGAUUGUCAGCAACUUUACCCGAAAUGCAAGCUGGAUAGAAAAACUGUGGUCAAAAUGAUAACCCAACUUGUACCUUCCUCCUAAUUUAAGAAAAAUCUAGCAUUCCCUCCUAAUUUCACUCACAAUUAAUACAUAAAUGUUGGAAAGAUUACGAAGUUAUGAGAUAAGUGAAGAUGUGAAGUUAGCAGGAGGCGCAAAACCACGUCUGCUAAUAUUUGAGUUGGGUACUAGAUCAAAUUAAGGGCAGUAUAUGUAAAAAUCAUAGAUAAAUAUAAUAUAAAUGCUGAUGCUAAUUCGGUAAUAUAGGUACUAAAUUGAUAGGAGUAACAAUUUUCUAACCUUAUUUGUAGAAAUUGUUGUAUAAAAGGAUAGAGCUCUAUAAG